AUGAAGUUAUCCGCAACAUCGAAAUCUGCCUUCCCUUGGACGCGGGAUUCAUAUCUCCCCGUCUUGACACCAUCUAUUGAGCACAAGCCAUGCCAAUUGCUGGCUACAAGUACUCAUGAUGGCCCGACUUCUCCGCAGUGUCGAGCAUACAUCGCCCGCUUGCGAAGCCCUUCGAUUGCUACGCCCCAAUUGCGUUUAUAUACUUCCACCGUUCCGCCAAGACAACAAGCCUUCCACUCGCAACUCGAGAGCAUCCCAGAUGCUCACAUUCUUCAGUCUUUCCAGAAAGCCGCGGCGCCGACAAAUCCGCAGAACCUUACCGAAAAGAUAUUCCAGCGACACUCCAUUGGGCUCGCUCCAGGAAAGACGGUCAAGGCCGGCGAUUUCAUCUCAAUUAAACCUCACCGUUGUAUGACGCACGAUAACAGUUAUCCGGUCGCAACAAAGGCCAUGAAUCUUGGCCUAACCAAGAUCCAUGAUGGCUCCCAGGUCGUGAUGGCUCUUGAUCACGACGUUCAGAAUAAAUCAGAGUCCAAUAAACGCAAGUACGCGCUGAUUGAGGAGUUUGCUCGUAAACAUGGCACCUUUUUUUACCCUGCCGGCUUCGGAAUUGGACACCAGGUCAUGAUCGACGAAGGCCACGCCUGGCCAGGAACGCUUUGCGUCGCCAGCGAUUCUCAUUCGCCGAUUUAUGGUGGCAUAGGAUGUCUAGGGACUCCUGUCGUGCGCACCGAUGCUGCGGCCAUAUGGGCGACGGGAAGCACUUGGCUACAACACCCACCUGUCGCCAAAGUUACCUUUACAGGCCUACUCCCCUUUGGAGUCACAGGGAAGGACGUGAUUUUAAGUCUCUGCUCCCUGUUCGGUUCCGAUGACGUCUUGAACCACUGUGUGGAAUUCGCCGGAUCCGAACAGACCAUGGCGAGCAUUCCCAUCGAUGACCGUUUAUCCAUCUCUAACAUGUGUACGGAAUGGGGCGCACUAAGCGGACUGUUCCCCGUUGAUGAGACGCUCAUUUCCUGGUAUCGCGCCAAAGCCACCGCUGCAGCCGUGUGCGACAGCCCUGCCAAGGAGCGCUUUAACCACGAGCGAGUCAAGGACAUGGCAGAGAACCGGCUCGUCGCUGACCCAGGGGCUUCGUAUGCUAAAGAGUUCUAUAUCAAUCUAUCCACGCUUUCACCAUGGGUCAGUGGACCUAACUCGCCCAAAAUCGCCAACCCUCUGAAGAACCUUGAAGCUCAGAACAUCAAGAUCGACAAGGCUUAUCUGGUUUCUUGUACUAAUUCUAGAGCAAGUGAUAUAGCCGCUGCCGCCCGUGUUUUCCGCGAGGCUGCCAAGGAUGGCCAGCCUGCUAAAAUUGCUAGUGGUGUUCGCUUCUAUCUUGCUGCGGCCUCCCUCUCCGAGCAGCAGAUUGCGGAGGAAGCCGGUGAUUGGAAGGUCCUGCUCGAUGCCGGUGCUACACAGCUUCCAGCUUCGUGUGGCCCGUGUAUUGGGUUGGGCACCGGCCUGCUUGAGGAGGGCGAAACGGGCAUCUCAGCGUCGAACCGUAACUACCCCGGACGAAUGGGAUCCAAAGAUAGCAAGGCAUAUCUUGCUAGUCCUGAAGUUGUUGCUGCCAGUGCUCUCAAGGGCAGAAUUGCCGGCCCUGGUUGGUAUCAACAGCCAGACGGUGUUGAAAAGGUCAUUAUCGGAGAGGGAAGCGGCGAUUUUGCUGCCGACCAAGCUCGCUCUAUUGAGAGUGCCUUUGAUAAAAUGAUUAAUGAAGUGGAUAGCAUGAUUGCUAUUGCUGAGAAUGGCCAAGACGAGACCACUACAACUGCCGCUAAAGAUGAAGCCUUGACCGAUAUUCUUCCGGGCUUCCCUGAGAAAAUCGAGGGCGAAAUUGUUUUUCUGGACAAUGACAAUAUCAACACGGAUGGUAUCUACCCAGGCAAAUACACGUAUCAGGAUAACCUUCCCAAAGAAAAGAUGGCUGCGGUGUGCAUGGAGAACUAUGACACCGAGUUUACCAAACUCACCAAGCCGGGUGAUGUGCUGGUGACCGGUUUCAACUUUGGGUGUGGAAGUUCUCGUGAGCAAGCCGCCACCGCCAUUCUGGCACGAGACAUUCCUCUCGUCAUCGCAGGAAGUCUCGGGAACAUCUUUAGCCGCAACGGCAUCAACAAUGCUUUGGUCUGUCUCGAAAUGCCCCGCCUGGUUGAGCACCUACGCAAGUCAUUCAAGGACGAUGCGGAGCGACCUCUGACUCGCCGUACGGGCUGGAAGCUUUUGUGGGAUGUGCGCCGCUCCAAGGCUGUGAUUACGGAGAAGGACGGCACCGUCUGGGAGGAAAAGGUGAGCGAACUGCCUCCCAGCGUACAAGAGAUUAUCAGCUUCAAGGGUCUGGAGAACUGGGUCAAGUCCAAGAUUCAGGCGUAA